GGAACCUACACGCAGGUGGUACAGGUGAAUGACUCCAUGUAUGGCUUCAUUGGCACAGAUGUGGUACUGCACUGUAGCUUUGCCAACCCAUUGCCCAGUGUGAAGAUCACCCAGGUCACAUGGCAGAAGGCCACCAAUGGCUCCAAGCAGAAUGUGGCCAUCUACAACCCAGCCAUGGGUGUCUCCGUGCUGGCUCCCUACCGGGAGCGAGUAGAGUUCCUCAGGCCUUCCUUCAUCGAUGGCACCAUCCGUCUCUCCCGCCUGGAACUGGAGGAUGAGGGUGUCUACAUCUGCGAGUUUGCUACCUUCCCUACUGGCAAUCGUGAGAGCCAACUCAAUCUCACUGUGAUGGCCAAACCUACCAACUGGAUAGAAGGUACCCAGGCAGUGCUUCGAGCCAGGAAGGGGCAGGACGACAAGGUCCUGGUGGCCACCUGCACCUCAGCCAAUGGGAAACCUCCUAGUGUGGUGUCCUGGGAAACACGGCUAAAGGGUGAGGCGGAGUACCAGGAGAUCCGGAAUCCAAAUGGCACAGUGACGGUCAUCAGCCGUUACCGCCUGGUACCCAGCCGGGAAGCCCACCGGCAGUCCCUUGCCUGCAUCGUCAACUAUCAUAUGGACCGCUUCAAGGAGAGCCUCACGCUGAACGUGCAGUAUGAGCCUGAGGUGACCAUUGAGGGGUUUGAUGGCAACUGGUACCUGCAACGGAUGGAUGUGAAGCUUACAUGCAAAGCUGAUGCUAACCCUCCGGCCACGGAGUACCACUGGACUACGCUGAAUGGCUCUCUCCCCAAAGGCGUGGAAGCCCAGAACAGAACCCUCUUCUUCAGGGGACCUAUCAAUUACAGCCUGGCAGGGACUUACAUCUGUGAGGCCACCAACCCCAUUGGCACCCGCUCGGGCCAGGUGGAGGUCAAUAUCACAGUUUCUGAGAAGCAGUUGACCUCACCAUCCUUCAUCCUGCAUGAGGAUUCUCUAGGGGACCCGCCCCCAUGGG